GAACACAAGUUGUUACUGAGAAGCCUGACAGAGUGAAUGUAUAUCGUCUUUGGAAGUUGUGGUUCAUGUUUGAGUACACCUAGCAGAUAUGGCGGUCAUGUGAAAAUUCAACGAGGAAGCACACGGUUGGGCUGAGCACUCCUGGUGGUGGUAAAAUGUGUUGAACAGAAGUUGUUAGGUUGCACUAGGAGUUUGGAGAAAUGAUGGUCGCCUGCAGGACCGGGAGGGUAGGUCCCGGAAUAACACGUCCUUCGAUAGUUUCGAGAAGCGAGAGCUUUAGACAACCUUUGGUUGCGGCAUAUGGGCUGGCUGGGGCUUCGCGGUUGGAUUCUACCUCAAAGUCGUCCCGGCCGUUGUCUGGCUUAGGGACAAGAUCCGUCACCCAAGUUAGCUUGAGCAGCAGCCAUUCUUCCCUGCAGGGUUCUCUCGCGCUGCAAGCUCAUCAUAAGGUCCUAUAUCACCUUGGGCAUGUCUGCGAAGAACGCAACCGGAAUGCAGGUAUUAGGUGCCACGCGGCAGCAGCGUCCUCGGCGCAGGGAGGAGCUGCCUUCGAGCCAGACGCAGCCGCGCCUCCUGCUUCAGAUGUCAAUCUGGCUCAGAAGGUGAGAGCAAUCUUAUUCUAUCUGACAACAUUUGCGGUGGCUAUACCGUUGUUCGUAGUCAUGCUGAUAUUACAGCCCUUCGUACUCUUACUCGACAAGCAACGUAGAAGAGCUCAGCACCUUGUGAACAAGGUGUGGGCAAUUUUGACAACGUCUUUGUUUUAUAAAACUGAGAUUGAAGGUUGGGAAAAUCUUCCAGCAUCUGAUGAGGGUGCAGUGUAUGUUGCCAAUCAUCAAAGCUUUUUGGACAUCUAUACACUCUUUCAAUUAGGACGACCAUUUAAGUUUAUUAGCAAGACCAGCAAUUUUCUCAUUCCGAUUAUUGGUUGGUCCAUGUACAUGACGGGCCACAUUCCCCUAAAGCGUAUGGACAAGAGGAGUCAAUUGGAAUGCCUGAAGACCUGCAUGAAGCUGGUUAAAGAAGGUGUGUCUGUUCUGUUUUUCCCUGAGGGCACAAGGACAACGGAUGGAGCAAUGGCUGCCUUCAAGAAAGGAGCUUUCUCUGUGGCGGCCAAGGGAGGUGUGCCAGUUGUACCUAUAACGUUAAUUGGCUCAGGCAAGUUGAUGCCAAAUGGUUUAGAAUAUACAUUACGGCCUGGCGUUGUGAAAAUGAUUGUCCACCCAGCUAUCCGCAGUAAAAAUGCCGAUGAGCUUUGUGAUCAGUCUAGGAAGGUUAUUGCAGAGACCUUGAUCAAACACGGUCUUCCUGUUCAUUAGUUGCUGUGAUUGAUGAUCGCCUAUCAGGAUGAUGCGAUCAAGUGAUCAAGCCCUGUUUGUCGUUCUUAGUGAUUAAGGAGUCAUUUCUGUCCAUCGUUUAUGCCCCGCAAGAGAUUUAAGGAGAUCACAAAGUCGGUUGUAGCAAGAGAGUUGGACACUGUGAUAAGCCCAAUUAACUUAUGUUGAAGUGUCAUUUAUUCUUUGA